AUGGACAAGGCCAACGAGAAAGAGGUUGUGGUGGCCAUUGUUGGCGCGGGCCCUUCAGGCCUCGCGACAGCGGCAUGCCUGAACCGCCUCAGCAUCGCCAAUAUCGUUCUCGAGAGAGAGGAUUGCUCCGCCUCUCUUUGGAGAAAGAGGUCGUACGAUCGAUUGAAGCUCCACCUAGCCAAGCAAUUCUGCGAGCUCCCCCACAUGCCCUUCCCCUCCAAUUCCCCCAAGUUUGUCCCUAGGGACCAAUUCAUAGAAUACCUCGACAACUACAAGUCGCGUUUUGAGAUAAAGCUGUACUGUCGACGGUCUGUCGAGAGCGCAUCGUAUGACGAUCGAAUCGGCAAGUGGCGGAUCGUGGCGAGAAACACAGGCUCGGGCGAGGACGAGGUCUACGUCGCGGAGUUCUUGGUGGUGGCGAGCGGGGAGAACAGCGAGGGCGUGAUACCGGAGGUUGACGGCUUAGACAGCUUUGGCAGGGCAGCGAUGCACUCGAGCGAGUACCGGAAGGGGAGGGAAUUCAGAGGGAAAAAUGUGUUGGUGGUGGGUUGUGGGAACUCAGGAAUGGAGAUUGCCUAUGAUCUGUGGAGCCAUGGUGCCAACACUUCCAUUGUUGCUCGAAGUCCCGUACAUGUUGUUACCAAGGAAAUGGUGUUUCUUGGUAUGGUCUUGUUAAAAUUUCUCCCAUGCCGAAUAGUUGACACCUUCGUGAUACAACUCAGCAAUCUAAAAUAUGGCGACUUCUUCAAUUACGGCCUUCGGAUGCCGGAAAAAGGUCCGUUCUAUCUAAAAGCAGUGACCGGACGAUCCCCCACCAUCGACGUCGGGGCAAUGAAGAGGAUCAGGAAGGGAGAAAUCAGGGUUUUCCCCUCCAUCAAAAGCAUUAACGGGAAGCUGGUCACAUUUGUAAAUGGCACUACCAGUCAAUUUGAGGCCAUAGUCUUUGCCACUGGCUACAAAAGCACUGUGCGGAAAUGGCUCCAGGGUGGAGAUGACCUGUUCAACAAAGACGGCAUGACCAAGGUCCUGCGCCAAUGGAAAGGAGAAAAUGGCUUGUACUGCACCGGUUUUGCUCAACGGGGCCUGCUUGGCAUCUCUGCCGACGCGCGGAAUGUAGCAGAUGAUAUCAGUUUCAAACUUCGAUGCGAUAGGAAGUGUUCGCGACGGAAAUAAGAAGCAAUGUUGUCCGUGCAACGAUAUGCUUGUAUUAAAAAUAACAAAGGAUGUACGAUAACGUUGCAGUGUAAAUGGAAAUCAAGCUUUAUCAUAGUCAAAAUCAACGAAGUCAUUCUAUUCGUAGAUCA